CAUGUUAAUGUCAUCAGUAAAUACAAUCGUUUAUUUACAAGAGCUGAAAUUUUGUUAAACAUAUUAAAACAACAAAUUGAUUUCACACUGUAAAUAUAAAUGUAAAACUUUUAAUUUGUGAAGAUGUUAGGACGGAUUGCUCUGGUUCCUCUCUCCGCCGGGUUCGGAGUUCUGCUCCUUUAUCUUCUCACUCUUCAAGCUCCACAAAACAUUGCUCUGAAGUUCCCCUCCUCUCUGGAAGAUUUAAAGCUGAUGUCGGGAACCCUAAACCUUUUUAAGACAAAUCAUCCAACCUACGUUCUCCUUCUCUUCUGCUCAGCGUACAUAUUCAAGCAAACCUUUGCAGUCCCAGGUUCUGUAUUCCUGAAUAUCCUGGCUGGAGCUCUGUACGGAACCUGGCCUGGGUUUAUUCUCUGCUCUGUUCUAAGCGGGACCGGAGCAUCUUUAUGCUAUAUCCUGGCCAACCUGGUCGGAUCUGAAGCUGCCCGGUUUUAUUUCCCGGAGAGAAUAUCUUCGUUUGAGAAGAAGUUAGAGGAGAACCAAGCGGAGCUACCAUUCUUCCUUCUCUUUCUCAGAUUAUUUCCGAUGUCUCCGAACUGGGCUUUAAACAUGGCAAGCGGUGUAUUAGGUGUUCCAUUGCAUCUAUUUUUUCUCAGCGUGUUUUUCGGCUUAAUGCCGUACAAUUACUUGUGUGUUACUUCCGGUGCAAUCCUAGCGGAUAUCAGGGAUCUAGCGGAUAUUAUGAGCUGGGCAAAUAUGGGUCGAUCAGCUGUUGCUGCUGCAGUUGCCUUGGUUCCCUCAAUUCUAAUAAAAUACAGAUCUAACAAUAAGAAAAGAUGACACGGCAGAAUUAAUUAAAUAUUAAAUUUUCCAGUAUUUCAGA